CCCAAGUCGGCAGCGGAACGCAACGGCGGGCGCAGGUUUGCGGAGGGCCGGUUUGAGCCGGGCACAGCGCCGCGCGGAGGGCGGCGGUGAGCCCAAGUCGAGGUGCCGGCAUGAAGGAGCUGGCACCCGCCGUGAAGAUGGAAUGCGACAUUUUAGAUGCGCUGGAGACCCUGGGGUACACUGGUCCUCUGCUGGAGGAGGGAGCCCUGAACAAAGCAGCAGAAAAUGGAUUGUCUUCACCAGAGUUUUUUGAGCUUUGUGUUUGGUUAGGUUCCCAAAUAAAGUCACUUUGUAAUAUGGAAGAAAGCAUCACUGCAGCAGAUGGUGAUAAAGAUAUAGAGAGCUUCCAGCUUGAGAUUAGUGGCUUUCUGAGAGAAAUGGCUUGUCCGUAUUCAUCACUUAUAUCUGGAGACAUCAAGGACAGAUUAAGAGAAAAAGAAGAUUGUCUUAAACUCCUCUUAUUUCUAAGUACAGAACUUCAGGCUUUAAAGAUACUGCACAGCAAGAAAAUGAAAGGCUCUCAUUUGGAAAAACACAAUGAAAUUUACCAGGAAGUGCAAGCUAUUUGCAAUGCACUGGGCCUGCCAAACUCCUCAUCUUCUGAAAUUCCUCCCUUGUUAACCAAUGUGGAACAAAAGAUAAAGGACAUUCUCUCAAAAGUUCAAAAUAACCAUGUGGGGAAGUCACUACUAACAAAACCUCUGAAUUCUGAACAAGUGGAAAGAUUGGAAAAAAUCAAUGAUGCUCUUCGGAGUGAGUACGAAUGUCGCCGACGCAUGUUAAUGAAGAGGCUGGAUGUGACAGUACAGUCUUUUGGCUGGUCUGAUAGAGCAAAGGUAAAAACAGAUGAUAUAGCACGAAUCUAUCAGCCCAAGCGCUAUGCAUUAUCUCCAAAGUCAACUAUUACAUUAGCUCACCUUCUUGCUGCUCGAGAAGAUUUGUCAAAGAUCAUAAGAACAAGUAGUGGAUCAACACGAGAAAAUACAGUCUGUGCGAUCAAUAAGGUUCUGAUGGGGAGAGUACCUGACCGUGGAGGCAGACCAGCAGAGAUUGAACCACCUCCUCCUGAAAUGCCUCCUUGGCAAAAGAGACAAGAAGGUGGUGGAAGAGGCAGUAUUACCAGGGCUCACAGAAGGUGAAACGGUGCUGGGACUCUGGCACUAGGUUAAUCCUGCAGAAGUAUCUCACAUGACAGGGUCAAGAAAGAUGUAUAAAGGUGGUUCAGAUUUCUUUGAGAUAUAAACUCCGAGGCAUGAAGUGCAAUCUUAGUAUUUUUUCUAUUAUAAAUAUUAAACUGAAAUCUUAACAAUUUAUAUAAAAUCCUUACAAUCUAUACACUUUUUCAAUCUUCUCAACAUUAAACCAGUAUGUUUUCAAGUUGCCACAGAGAUCAGUUACAUCAAAAUAACAGAUUGCUACUGUAACAAAAACAUAUUUCAAAAAAAGUUAUGUAAGCUACUUUAAAGGCAGCUGUGUUUAAUCUGAAUAUGAACGGUAGCUCUGCUUUUCUUAAUUGUGAUGUUACUCUAUUUAACUUUAAACCAUCAGAAUUCACACUUUAUUUAAAAAUAAACAGUAGUUGGAGGGGAGGUCACUUGCAUUUCCUUUCUUCCUGUAUGUACAUGAAACAGAGCUGAGCCUGGAGGGAUAAAGGUGCUUCUCAUUUAAAUUAGCCAUGACAAGAUAAAUGUCAAUACCAGUGUUUGCUAACAUGACUUUUAAACAGCACUUAAUACUUUAUCUUUUUUCCUAGCAUAAAGCAACUUGAAAAUUAAUACAGAUGUGAGUUUUGUUCA